AUGAAAAAAAACAUAUUAUUUUCUAGAGAUAUGCUUAAUACCGCAUUAUUAACAGAUCUAGAAAGAGAUGAACAUAACGAAGAGAAUCAAAAUAUCGUUGCAGCUAUGAGAGCAAUUCAGAAAUGUAUUAAGGCUAUCAUGAUCUGGUUGACGCUAGUGAGUUUUAUGUUGGUAGUACACGUAAUUUUUAGUGGUGUUUAUGCUGGAGAUGUCUACAUAGGAAAUAGUAAUGUUAGUUGCGAACUUCUGCUGGGUCAAACCUAUGAAUCAACCGGCGUAGUAGCUCACCCACACUAUGACUCACUACAUAUCAGCCCUUUUAUGAUGCCAGCCGAUGCAUCUAAUGGGACCCAACUCGGUAUAUAUUAUGAAGACAAUGCAGUCAAUUUGGAUAAAAGAUAUGUUUGGUGGUUUCUAGCGGCAGCAAAGUUAAUAGAUACAGGGUUAGGUCUAUAUGAAUUAGCUACCUCAUGCCAGGACUGGUCAUCUGGGGGUGCUAGUGCUAAAAUUGGUUGUGUACAUGGAGCAUUGAGUACGGCAUUUACUGUAGCUGGCGGUGGCUGGUACGUUUGGAAUAAAUAUAUCGAAAUAGGUAACCAGUUACUAUCGCUACGUAAAAGAGACAGUGCGAUAAAUUAUCAAUCACAUUUAGAGUAUUUGGGGUACUAUGUCAAUCUUACCAACUUACCAGCCGCACUUGUUUACAAUUCUGAUGGAGAAUUACAUUACAGCGAUGCUGGAGAAACUCCAGUAUUAUUAACAUAUACCGCAACAGGCACUUUGGUACAUUUUACAGCUAGUAGGUUUAAUGAGACCACAUUUAUUAGUAGGUGGGGAAAAAUAGAUGGCUUAUCGUCAAAGAGAGAUGAGCAGUUUAAUGAGCAGGAUUUCACCCAAGGUGGUAUAGAAUUCUCCCAUAUAAUGAACGAAGGUGACAAUGCUCGGCUCUCCACGUCAAAUGAUUACGGACAAAUGGACCACGAAGUAUCAUGUUUAUUUGGGGAUAAGCCUGGUAACACAUACCAAUAUCAAAUAUAUGAUAACAACCACAGAUCUACUAUUACUGGAGGGAUUGUUAAAGCUUUCCAGUAUGAUGCUUAUGAUACCAGUGCUUUGACAGGCGAGUUUGUGUCAAGCACGCCAGAAAACCAAGCAUGUGAAAUAUCUUAG